GUAAAUUCUACAUCGGACCGGGAGAUCGAGGUCGCGCGCUACCGAAGCUUAUUUUGCAGACAUGUGAAAUUUGCGCUUGUCAAAAGCCUCAUUUAUGACGAGUUCAUGCGGAUAAUUUUAGACAGGAUAGCAGAAUCUGUUGAUAUCAAGGAUAAUCUUCGAUUCUCCGCAGCACCGUUCCGUGGCUGCGACUGAUAUCGCCAUGAUGUUACGCCCCUUAUCUGUCACAUCCAUACUCAUCAUAGGGAUUAUACAUCACGGACUCGGCACAGACGACACAAACUUUACUCUGUGUGACGUGCCACCUGUUGGUGAAGUAUGGGAGUUUCAUCGGACAGAACCGCUAGAAAUAGAAUGGGGCUAUGGCAAGAUGACAUGUAACACUGCCACCAGUUGCUUCCACCUGAAUGUCUCCAAGGAGAUCCUAAUGGUGCCUCAGAUCAUGCCCGUCGUGGUACAACAGGGAACAAAAAUAAGUUUUAUGGUGAGCCCGAGCAUGAGUGUUGGGUUUUCCAUGACCCCCUACAUGGUCACAGAGGAGGGAUUCAGAGAAUGCAGCUUCAGUAAGGGACGCCCCUUGGUGGAAACUGACGUUACUAGUAUAGAAAUCGAGGAUUACCAUCUCAGCGUGGGACAGAAUUACUUCAUUGCCAAAACCAAUGACAGUUUGUUCCAGUGUCGACUGGGACUACGACUCAAUGUCACCGUCAAACCCAACCACUGCUCACCGUCAGAUAUAGUAGACAACUGCAACAAUAGGGGGCACUGUGUGACACAGUUACAUGAUAAAACGUACACUUGCUCAUGUUGUCCCGGGGCUAGGGGGCGCUACUGUGAGGAUACUGACGCAUGUUACAGUGCGCCCUGUUUGAAUGGAGCAACAUGUACCAAUAACGGGACAGACUACAGCUGCUCAUGCAUUCUGGGUUAUACUGGCGACCAUUGUGAAGAAAAGUUAGAGAAUCUCUGCGAUCUAAAUCCCUGCAAGAAUCAAGGAACAUGCAUCGGUAACGACACGAGCUACAUAUGCAAGUGUCCACCUGGAUUUCAGGGUCUAACCUGUGAGGAGGACAUCAACGAGUGUGCGUCAAACCCAUGCAGUGUCCACGGACUGUGUAAGGACCUCGUCAAUGGGUUUCAGUGUUACUGUUUGCCUGGAACUGGAGGUGAGCGCUGUGAGGUCGACUACGAUGAAUGCGUAUCAUCGCCUUGCAAGAAUCAUGGGAAAUGUGUCGACAAACUCAACAGCUGGGAAUGCCAGUGUGGAAGAGGGUACACUGGUAGCGAUUGUUCUGUAAAGGUUGACCUGUGUAAGCCGAAUCCCUGUGCAGCUAACGCAACCUGUGUAGACCGUGGGAACACACACCAGUGCCUCUGUCAGCCGGGCUUUAGUGGUAAAAUGUGUGACGUGGACAUCAAUGAGUGCCUGUCGCAUCCGUGUCUGUACGGCGCCACGUGCCAGGACAUCGUCGACGGCUACGUCUGCCACUGUGCUGCCCCCUAUGUUGGCAGGAAUUGUCACCGGCAUUCAAUACCAAACAAGAUUCCUACGCCAGCCGAUGACAGUCACUUCCAUCUACCCGCGCUCCAUUCCACGCACUACCACCUCCACAACCUCUACAUCAUCAUGGGCACGCUAGGUGGCGCCCUACUCAUCGCAUUACUUGUCCUCCUCGGAUGCUAUUGCCGGCUAUAUCGCACAUAUGAGCUCCUGGACUGGAGGAAGCUGAAGUACCAGCGUUAUAAGGAUGAGAAAAUCGACAUCAGCAGCGUGACAUGCCCCCGCCCGUCCGUGGACGCCAUCUAUGAAGCUACAACGAUCAACUAUGGUGACAACUCCAUGAAUACGCCGGUACCAGUUUCACUCAAGCCGAAGAAAGUAUGAUCUGAAUAUCCAUGUUCAAGGUUUUGUUUCAUGAUGCUCAUUAUACUGGUUCAGGGCAGGUCAGGGCUGGGAUUUCUAUUGUACCUGAAGCGCAUUGCCGCCAUAUUGGACUGGAAACGUGACCAUGGACAGCAAAAUGAUGGCCUGACGUGAGUGCCACACCACUCACGUGCUUCUAUAAUCAAUGCUGCGUGGUAAUGUAUAUGAUGUCACAGAGCACAGUGCCAAUGAACGAUCACCGUCAUCAUCUUGCCAUCCAUGCGCGUUCCCUCUGGAGUCACUGCGUUGUUGUCAAAGUGAACUAGAAGUCAGCUGCAGCUUCUGUCACUGGGCUGUCUUUGAUUAUACAGAUUCAGGGUAUUUUCCUGAGAGGAUCAAUUUUCAGCAGUAUUUGGUGGUUGGCUAGCAUGAGAACCAGUGUUCAGAAGAACUCUCUUGUAAAUAGCUUUUUCCUUCAUGUAGGCCUGAUAUGAUGUCUUCUCGUGGAUGGUCAUCUUUGUAUCUGUGGAGUCGUAGACUAAACAUGCGCAUAUGUUGUAUAGGUUUGAAAAUUGGUGGUUGUCAUAUAAUUGGAUGUCAUGAAUCACCUGAAAUCCAUACCAAGCCAUCUGAUAUACUCAAAUUCAUCUCCAAAAUGCCACAAGUACUCGGUGAGGCAUUGGCCGUUCCAAUCACAGCUCUCUCAAUUGAUUAGACUACAAGUUAAAGAAGAACAGAAAGGACACCAUCCUCACCACAAAGCUAUGUGGCUCUGUGCUUGGACUCUCCAGGACAGAUUGGACAGACUGUCUACAGUUACAAUCCUGAACCAGAAGAAGAAGAAGCCGGAAACUAUAAGUGAAAAGAUUCUCCACUUUUAGUUAUCUUCAGCUUUAUAAUUCACUAGGCAAAAAUAUACGGAACAAGCCUCUUGUUUGGUGAACUUUUUCAUUGCGUCAAAAUUAGUUGAGGGCAGUGACAAGAUACAUAAAAUCAACUUCAUUAGCCUUAGCUGUAGCAUAAUUUUAUAUAGUGCUCACAAAAGAAUUGUAAAUAUUCAUGUAAAUUGUAGUGUUAGAACUUUGUAAUAUACAUGUAUCCAAUAAAAUUGUACAAAGUUUGAAUGAGAGGUUUCUAACUGUUAAACAAUAUCAUGUGCUUCUUGCUCUUGUUUCCAGUAUUCGGAGUUAAGUUCACUUCUCUCUAGUGUCAUAAGUUGUUACGAUGGGAUUGAUGUUUGAUAUCAGUUAGGAUUUGUUAAAGAAAUUCAUGUAAAAUGAGGUUAGGAAGACGUACGCACAGCCACAGAAAUUUGUCCCUUGGAGUGAGAGGCAGUCAACUAUAAUGCCAGUCUCAAUCGUAUCAGAUUUAUCUUUGUAUAAUUAUCCUCCUUCUGUAUAAGUUGCAAAAGGUGUAUUUAAUUGAUGUAUUAAAGUUAUGUAUUUUACUAAA